CAUUCAACCCGUCUACAUAACUGGGGAGAGGUCCUGACUUAUAGACUAUAUCGAGGAGUUCUGGGUUGCAUCUUCCAAGGGAAGAGACAGUUUUUGUUACUCUCCUAAACCUUAAGGGGGCUUUUAGCUUUUGGUCAGCUUGCAGUUUCUGGAAAACAUCUGAAUCAUUUUAUAACCAACCCCAGCUGCCGAGUUUGUGUGUGUGCGCGCCCUUGUGUGAAAGAGAGAGAGAGAGAGUAUCUGUUUGCUUCGCUCUCCAAAAAGGAAAGAAAGAAAAAAAAAACAUUUGGACCUCUUUUUUUCCCUUUACUUUUUUUUAGGAAUGAACGCUGAGACUUGCGUUUCAUACUGUGAUAUGACAUCCAUGGAUUCAUAUUAUAACCCAUCUGCACCGCAAGGUAGGGAUCACCAGGCUAACCCGUUUAGGACAUUCCAAGCGAGUGACACCAAAUACAGCCCCACUUUCCUGACCAACAAAGGUCAGGCUUAUGGGGAAAAGUCGCGGAGCCCGUUCCAACAGGAAUGCCAGUCAUUGGAUGCCACUUCUGGGGAAGGCAACUUUAACAAAUACCACCUCUUCAUGCAGAGGUCCUCUUGCAAAACACCCCCAGAAGGAAGCAAACUCCAUCAAGAAAGCGGCCACAACGGAGCGCUCAUCUCCUGCUAUGCCAAAGACGGCGCUGGGCUGACAGACUCCGAACUGCCCUCGAGCGCUGACCCUGCAGGCAUGGACAGCAGCUACCUCAGCGUGAAGGAGGCCGGGGUGAAGGGGCCCCAGGAGCGCCCUGGCUCCGAGCUGGGCAGCCCACUGGACAAGGGCGAGGGGGAGAGCAACAAAGGCAAGAAGAGGCGCAACCGGACCACCUUCACCAGCUACCAGCUGGAGGAGCUGGAGAAGGUCUUCCAGAAGACGCACUACCCCGAUGUCUAUGCUCGGGAGCAGCUGGCCCUGCGCACAGACCUCACCGAGGCCCGCGUGCAGGUGUGGUUUCAGAACCGCCGGGCGAAGUGGAGGAAGAGGGAGCGGUUCGGCCAGAUGCAGCAGGUGCGGACACACUUCUCCACGGCCUACGAGCUCCCGCUUCUGACUCGAGCCGAAAACUACGCCCAGAUUCAGAACCCGUCGUGGAUCGGGAGCAGCAGUGCCGCCUCUCCUGUACCUGGCUGUGUGGUUCCCUGCGACACGGUGACCUCCUGCAUGACCCCUCACCCUCACGCCGCCGGGAGCGUCUCUGAUUUCCUGGGCGUGCCCAGCCCCGGAGGGCACAUGGGACAGACACACAUGGGCAGCCUGUUCGGGAGCCCGGGCAUUGGGGCAGGGAUCAAUGGCUAUGAUCUCAACACCGAGCCCGACCGCAAGUCCUCCAGUAUCGCCGCUCUGCGCAUGAAGGCUAAAGAACACAGCGCUGCUAUUUCCUGGGCAACAUGAUGCACUACGCCAGGGAGCUCCUUUUAAUUUAAAUGAGUGAAAAGGCAAUAUCAGACAAAACAGAAAAGUGCUGAAUCGGAAAAAAAAAAACAAAUUCGAAAAAACAGAUAGGCCUAAGAGACUCUUUCAGUACGUGAACUCAUCCAAGGACAUCUCUCAUGAAUUGAGAGGCUACAGAUGUGAGCAAGAGAUGUAUGGUUUAUCAACGAAGAGUUCAGGUGUCCUCGCACGUCUGAGAUUAGGAGGUUGGGAUACUGUAAAACAAAAAAUAUCCACAUCCAGAAGACAAAGUGAAUGUUUAAGCUUGUUAAAAGGCAACCACAAUAUACAGUAAACUGGCAUUGUUUGGAAACAAAAGAACAUCACAUUUGGUUUCAUGACGACGAUGAUGAAAUCUAAUGCUGUAGGCUGAAACAAAUUUUGCUGCACACCACUUGCUAGUUUUGUUAAAGGUGUGAGUCCACCAAGCAUUUGAAAUGGGUGGCAAAAAUUUUUCCUUGAAGCCAAAAAAAUGUGCAGACUCUAGCACAUAACAAUUGGUUAUCGUUUUCCCAAGGGCAUUUCUUGUUUUACAGUACUGUUUCCACUUGUCUUUUCAACCACAUCCUUGUCAUUCACAGGGUUUGUCUUUUAUUCUUUUCCUCUAGGGUGCUUGGGGCAAGGUAUUGCUAUACACUGAAUUUAUAUGAAUAUUAUAAGGCCAGUCCAUCGUGUCUUUUUGCCUGGAUUAACAACAUCCUUUCUCACAAUUCAUUUUCACACAUGUAACAUUUAUUUGAUAUACUGCAGUGUAUAGUCCUUUCAUAUGGCUUCUUUUUGCAGUCUGUGUAAAAACAACUCUCAGCUUUAUUCUUCUCACAGGGUUGUCUGCAAUUGUGUUUAAAUUAGAAAGGGGAGCAAAACCUUCAAAGUAAUUGUAAACAGCAAAAUCGGCUGAAAAAUGUGGUAAUAUAAGUAAGCAUAGCUUUGUCAGACCCAGUUAGUUUUGAACUUUCCUAUUAUACAGACAAAUUGAAAAGCUUAAUGAAAAUGGUUUUUCAAAUGGUGUGAAAAGCGCAUUUGUUUUCUUUAACCCCUUCCACCCAAAAAAAGUUACAUUUUCCAAAGUUAAGCAGGUACAGCCAACUGAAAAAACUUUCCAUUUUAGACCAUCCUACAUCAGGCAUUUUAAAGUCUCCUGCGGUAGAUUAAACCAACGUACAAUAACUUGCAUGUCAUCACUUCAAGGUCGUUACCUUACCACGCUUAAGAUGAAUUCCCCAAACGAAUUCAUGAGAGAAUUUUCAUUAACGCUGCGGACAAUCAAACAACAAACGUAUUUGUAAGUUGAAAUGAAGUGACCUGAAACUUCACCUACUGUAUGCAAAGACUUAAGUAGCAACCAAACUAUGAAAGCCAUGCCCAGCUAGAGAUGACAGUGACUCAACAAGAAACAAAACCACCUUUAUUCAGGAGGCAGGAGGUAGAGUUUGCUUUGAUUGCUACGUUGUUUUCUCUUCAUUUAUCCCUUUGCACAUUUUUUGCAUUGGUUUUCAUACUUCACCAUAGAUACUUUCUUUUGCCUUUGGAGAUUUAAGAGCUGCUUGCAAAAGUUCCUUAGAACUGGUAACCAAGUGGCCCUGCUGGUUUGAGGGCGGCAGGGCCUGGGAGAAUCGCACAGGCCUUUGCUGUUUGUGUGCGAGGUGAGAGAUUGGCAUUGAUUUAAAGUGGACAUGCAAUUUCCUCCCCUUUCCACAGGUAAUUCUCCCGGCUCCGCUCAGCAGGGCCUCAAAGGAAACACUUCACAAGCUUCAGGUUACAGGAAAAGUGUCCCCACUCCUGCAGAUCUUAGCAGCCAGCAAUAACACAGAGCAACCAAAAGCCCAGCCUAGCUUCAUUUCAAAACUCUACCAUCAGCUGCACGAAGAAACAGGAAUUGUGUUUUUCUUUUGUAGACCGUCUUCCAAAAUUUCCAAAAGUUACAAACUGGCAAUAAAUUGAUGUAGAGAAAGCUAAUUUUUAUUAUCGUAAUACGUGCAUUAUUUGCCACAAAUGAGGAUCCAGAAGAGACGCCAUGCCAUCUUUCCAAACGGCAAUAUGUGAUAAAAAAUCAUGUUCUUUGCAAGGCAAAGUCUUCACCCUCUUGAAUCGGCUUGAGCUGGAAAUUCAUGCGCAGACAGAACUUGUGGCACAGUAAAGUUACAGAGUUUCUCAGUAACCUCUUGUUGGUUCAUCUCUUAUGUUGGAAAGAAAUGUGUGGGCCUGAUUUGGCUUGUAUGUUUUGCUCUGUUUUCUUUGACUCUUCAAACAUUUUCCUCAGUGUGUGAAAAGUUGUCAGAAUAGUCUCUCAAGUAAUGCCAAAGACAACUCGUGGGUUUAGUCUGCACUGUGGAAUUGGCAGUGGGACGUAUUCAUUAAUAGAACACCUUUCUCCAUAAUCCAGUCAAUAUGAAAGGGAAGAAAUGGAGGAAUACCUUCCAAGUUUAAUCAAGUGGAAUAAUUUGGAUACUUUAAGUCUAUUGGGAUAUGGAUCUCUGAAAACUUGUAUUUGAAAGUGUACCAACCAAUUUUUAUAAUUUUCUGUGCCUUCUCAUGGGAAGCACCUUCUCAAAGCACUUUAAAGAGGUCCCAGUCAGAUGAGAGAUGAAACAGGUCUCCUUAUCAUCCAAUUGUGUAUAAAGAGGAACCUCACAAUGGAACUGGAACAGACAUCUUGAGCCAGUACUGGAAGAUUAGUAACACUCUUUUUUGAGGACCAGAGUGUGAGGAUCAGCAUGGAAGCUGAUGUUAAAAAAGCAGCCUCCUCUCCAUGUCAAACCACGAAUAACUUUUCUAAAAAUAUAUACCUUUUACUACUGAUCCACCACAAGGGACUACUUACAAAUCUGAAAUGGCUUGUGUGUCUUGUUGGAUAAUACUGGAAGUUUCACAUCAAAGCUUUAUAUAUGAAGGGGAAUUUCAUUCCUUAAAAAGAAUAAAGAAAGGUGUGAAAGUCCAAGAAAAGCUUAAAGGGAGACAUUUCUCAGUAUAAGGCUGUAAAACACCAAAGGAGAACUAGGAGUCACUGACACAUCUACAGGCACAGCUAUGAAAAGCCUCAGGAUGGUACUGGAGCCGGAGGUGAAGACUGAAUUUUGAGCUGUGUUUCAUUUCAUUCUUGGCAACCGCCCCUGUGAAAUGAUUUCAAGAAAAAUCUCUGCUCUGCCAGAGAGAGGAUCUGGUUCCCCCAAGUCCCACUUGCUUAAGGGCUUUCCUUGGCUUCCACUUGUCCCCGCUGUGUUUCGGUCAAUGGACAUUAUCCAUAUGACGCCGAAGAAGCCUCAUCGCUAAGCCAUCAUGCCUUUUGGAUCAGCACUGGCACAAGGUGACAGAAAUCCGCAAACACAGAAUAUUUGCACAGAUCUUUUUCUCACCUUUCAGAUGGGGUGGGCAUUCCGAUCAAGAAAAAAAGAAGCUGUUCUAAAUUUGAAAUUGAAUCUGAACCCCCCCACCACCACCACAUCCUUGAAAAAUGAAUCCAAGUUUACAAAUAAAAAACACAUUCCUUCUCAUUGAAAUCCCGCUGGAAAACAAAAAGCUCUUUAAAAAGAGAAAGAAUUGUUAGCUUGGUAAUCUUAAAGGAAAAAUCAAAGGUCCCUGUUUGGGACUGAGGGGUUGACUGAGAGGGCAGUAUGUGAACUGUCCGCACUUUUUCCAAAAUUAAAAACGAAACAACAAAGGUAUCGAAACAGACAAAGCUUAGAAAACUGAUAUUAUUUGUCAGUUUACAUACUGAUGUUAAAAUGACAGGAAAUUAAGUUUGAAUAAAGUGCUUUAAACCGAGCUGCAAAUACUCAGGAGCUAAGAAAAGCAUGGCAAAAAAAACUAAGAAGUGUUAAAAAAAGCUAAGAAGUUUCAAGACUGCAGCGGCUCUCAUUUCAGAAAAAUACUCUUCUCUUUUCUCUGCAGUUUUCUAAAACUCCUGGACAUUUAGAUCAAUCAACUUUUCUUUCACAUAUCCCAAAAGGAGAUUUUCCUGUAUUUAAAUUAAAUGUAAUUUAUAUAAUCCACAUAAUUCCCCACAGACCAGAAAUUGCUUCCUCUCUCUAUAUUAAUAAUGAUAACAUAUGAUAAUUCUUUCCUGUUGACUGCUCCUCAUUCUCAUAGACCUGAAGCUGUGCUAGAUGAGUUCACUGCUAUAACUAAUUGCGUUUGUUACAUUGGUACCUCAGCAUUGAGUGCUGUUUACCUAAAAAUUCCCAAUGAGAAAUUUGUUCUUUCUACUUUACCUGCAGUUAAUCUGGAGGACAUACAGAAAUUUUGAGCAUCCUUUCUAGAAAAACAAUUAAAAUAAUCCAUCCAUCUUCUAACCAUUUUAUCCAACAGUACAAAUAAUUGAAAGCAUAUUGUAAGAAGACAAGCAGUAAAGAAAAAGUUGUCACUCUGGUGUCACUCACCGAAAAGAGAAAACGUUAUUAGAAACUAUCACGUUCCAGGUCUCUAACGCAGUGUUAUUUUAAAACCUAUUAUUCUGUUCAUUUCUGAAUAGUAUAAUAGAUUUUAAAACCUUUUAUAAAAUAGCUAUAAAAUAGUUAGACCAGCAUUGACAAGAUUUUAUGUAUAGUUUCUACAUACUGGAACAUUUAUUGCACUGGAAUAACAUGAUUUACCAAUGACCUUAAACGUGCGUAUAUGUGGUAGUCUCUUUCAAUCCGAAAUGUGUUCGCCGCUUUUGGGAAAAUUGCCUUUGAGCUUAUGCCCUGUGCUAAGAAGGGCCAUAUGGGUUAAGCAGCCACUGUGAUUCAGUGUCCUGGGAAAAGGACAGUCCACGCAGCUGCAAUGAGUUAAAUACAAAACAAACAUCCAUCACACAUGCUUACCAUCAGCUGUCAUAGCUCCUCUUUCAAAGAAUCGUCACGACCGCCAGCCCCACUCCACGGGUGCAACAACACAGCAGAAUGCUGGGAACUCCUUCAGCACAUGAGCCCAGAUUUAAAUACAAUUUUUAACAUUGGUACGGGGCCACCUGUGGCAAACGGAUUGGACAACAAGAGAGAAAGAGCAAAGAAUCUGCCUAUAUCCACCAUGAGUAGAAAUUCCUCUUCACUGCAAAGUGCCUUGGAGCAGUCACAUGCAGCAAUCAUUAUUAUUCUUCUUCAAACUCACCCUGAACCAUUUUUUUUUCAAAUGGAAGGCAUUCAUUUAUUUAUACCGUCGCUCUCUGUCAUUGCAUUUUUGUAAUUCAUUUGACUUAAAAUUUAACAUAUUUUAAAAAAUUACCAAAUCGAAGCAAACUAGUUGAGGGGCAUUAAAAUCAUAACAUCACAUUUAAGAUCACCUAAAAUUGAAAACACAUUUAAAUAUGAUGUAUAAAUGUCCUUUUAUUGGAUGACUCCAUGCUACUUAUCUGUUUUUAUUCCUCUUCUUAAGAUGUCCACUUCUUUAGUCUCCUGCACAGUGGUAAACAGGGGGUUUAGGCUAAAAGCUUGGUCGCUAUCUCGGUAACUUACACAGACUGCAGUAGGCAAAUAACAGCCAAAAGCCCUCCUCCACACUCUUGUUCAUUUGCAGACUUAGAGAAUAAAAUGUUUUGGGGUCUCGAAAACUUUGAACCCCAUGCCACCUACUGUGGUGUAAGCAAGCAGAGUAAAAUAAAUCUUUAGAAAUAUGUUCAGUGUGUAGAUUUUGUUUUCUUUAUGUUCAAAAUAAUGUCUUUAAAUCCAACCACACACUUAGGCUUAUCACUUUCUACAUAAAGAGUGUUGGGACAAAAAUGUUGGCAACUAUCCUGACUCCCUUUCUACCAUCAUCACAACUAGAGGAGGAUGAGGAGGUCCUCCUGGCUAUAGGGGGCGCUUUUGGCAGUCAGAGACAUUAAUGCAAAAGUUCACAUCCGUGCCUUGGCCACCAGAUAACCCCUCUCCCAUCCUCUGUCCCCUUCCAGUUCUAAUACUACUGAAGCAGGGCAAUAUGUUUUCCAGAUUCAUAUGAUAAAAGUGUAUUUUUUGGUUCAUUUUCAUGUUUGUGUGUGUGCAUGUGUGGUUUUUGUUGUGUAAAUUUAUUGAUUUUCAGUGAAAAGACCCUUGAAACUGUAACUAAUUUGUUACAAAUGUAAUGUAUCAUUUUAAGAAAUUUGAAGUUUUUCUUUUUUGAGUUUUGUUUGGUUUUUUAACCUGGCUUAUUAGGCAAAA